AUGAGGGAUACAGGGGUGCCGGAUCGUCAUGGGGAAGCUGCUGUCAAAUCAUCUUCGAGGCCAAUUGUUACCACGGUUCAACAAGGGAAUUCUAGAGUACCGAUGGGACUUGAACAAGAUUACCGAGAGAGAGUUGGCCAAUUGCCUCCAGGCCUCUGUUUGAAGGCACUUUGUGAGGGCCAUCAGGACUUCUUAGAAGUCAUGGAGGAAUCAACGGUUAAAUUGAAGCAGCCAAUCCCUACCGAGGACAUUAAGAAGGUCGAUUGGAUGAUGACGAAAGUUCCAGCUACCGUUUGA